AUGGGAGUGACCCAAAGAAAAGCCAAAGACCGAGAACUGACAAGACUCACUGAGGCCAAAGAAGUUCUUCGAAAAUGUAGGUUAGCAGCUUCUCCUGCGCCUCCAGCCACAGCAGAGUGGCACGGUCGCUGCGGGCUCGUCACGGGUGCCAGGCAGGACCUGGCCGCCAACCAUGACGUCAAUUACACCGGCCGCCCUGGAUUGAUUGUGGAAAAUGCCACAACUCAGUCUAACGGCCCCCCAGAGAUGACCCGCAACGGGAAAAAAUGGCAGCUGACAAUCGAUGUGCCUCGCAGCGGGCGGCAGAUUGCAGAUGCGCUGAGCGAAUAUGGCUCCGUGGAUGUGGUCACCCAAGAACUUCGUGACUUGUACACAAGCUUUGGUUUCACGAAAGGACUCACUUUGGUUUUGUCAGCUGAUGCAAUGAAUCAGCUUGGCAUCACACUGAGCAGGUGGCAGGUGGGAAAGACAGGAAUGGCAGAAACAAAGUUCAAGUUUGGUAGGGACUGGAUGGCGGAAGAACUGGUUGAUUUCCUCAAACAACAAGGACCAAGGAAGACAUGGGAUGAAAUUAAGGAUCAGCCUCCACAGACGGCCAACACGCGGGGGCGCCCCGCGAAGAGGCAGGCCAAAGAACCCGAUGAGCGACAUCGGUCCAGAUCUGCCGCUGAGAAGCCCGAAAAGGGCGAUGAAAAUAAGGACCCAAUGGAAGUCGAAAAAACGCAGUUGGACUCUCAGACUCAGCCUGAAGCGAUUGACAAGCAGAGUUCAAAGCCAACCUCGCAGUCUCUUGGUAAUUUGACGGAUGCCUUAACCCAAAACUGGACGCUGGCCGAUCAAGGUGGAUGCGGUGACUGUGGGUACCGGGCAUUAAUAGACAACUUUCAUUAUCAAACCACUGGUGAGACUCUUUCCAAAGAAGAAUGCAUCAAAAAUGCCAAUCUAUUUCGUACGGAAGUGGUACGACAUGUUCGCAAACAUCAAGAUAGGUACGAAAACCAUGUCAGAGGUGGGAAAGAGGCCUUUCCUGCCUUUUGUGACAAUGCGUUGAAGCAAACUCACUGGAUAUGUGGACUGCUGCUGCAAGCAGCAGCAGAGGUGAAAUCAUGCUGCAUAGUGGUGUGGAAUCAAAAAGAUGAAGUUCUGGAAAGAUUCACUUUCGCUCCUGAGUGGAGUCCACAGGGGAUGCCCAGAAUGAAAAAAGAAGCACCAAUCCUGGUGGUGUACAGAAACGACAAACAUUAUCAAUCCGUCCGACCACCCCAGGAUCAGGACGGCAUGACUAAGGUGCCCAAACACUGGGCGCGAGAGACAGCCAAACCCGAGGCCGAAGCACUUGGAGGCGCUGGACCAAGCGUUGGAGAAUCGCCUAAAACCCUGCACACGCUCUCCCCUGGCUCUUCCCAUGCUCCUUCGCUCCAUACUCUCCCCGCCUCCUCCUUUCGCGGAUCCUCGGGUGGGGGUGUGAUGAUCACGCGCGCGCCGUCCCUGCACUCCUUGGUUCCUUCCGCGUCUUCUCCUCCGCGUCUGCGCGCGGUUGUGCACGGCCAUGCGGCGGGUGGUGGUUCUUCGGGUGCCCUUGCGCGACCCCAUCCUCCGCGCUCCCCCUCUCUUCUUACCUUGGCUGCCUCCCCUCACUCCUGCGACCGGUCGGGUACUAAGGACAAAGGCGCAGUCAAAAAUGACAACACAGAAUGCGACUUUCGCCCUGACACUGCUCCAUAUCCUCGACACCUCAAGCGGCUGGAUGCUAAAUCACAGUCCCGACCUCGGAACUUCCUGAAAGUGGCAGAGCCUGGAGUUGCCCAGAAUGCGGGAAAGGCGGCGCAAGCUGCAGGGCACUUAGUUACUGAGGUCCUUCCGCCGGAUGCCAUGCGAAACCGCGAUAUUGACUACUAUAUCAGUAACCUUGAGCCCACUGAGGUCGAAACGCUUCCUGAUGUUGACUGGCAGAUGCUUUCGCAAACUUUUUUUCAAGCCCUAGUUUGUGCAGUCAGGGCUGCUGCCCCUGACAUGCUGCAGCGAGUGUCUCCGGCCUUACUGAGGAUUCUCAGGGAAUUUUGGGCCGAUAUUUGGAAUAGACGUCAAAUCUCUUGGGAUGAUAUUUGGGAUGAUUUGGUUACUCACACUCCACCACGCCCUGCUCCUGACAGCUGGCCAAGCCUCACACCGGAACAACUCCGUUCUGCCACCAAGUGUAGCCGCGGCAGUGCGCCGGGGCUUGACGGCUGGAGAGCUGAGGAACUUAGUUUGUUCAGUGACGAAAUGUGGCAGGAUGCCGGCUGUCCUCCAGAAACAGUUUCCACUUCCAUCACCUUGUUGGGAUUCCAGUUCAUGGGAGUGACCCAAAGAAAAGCCAAAGACCGAGAACUGACAAGACUCACUGAGGCCAAAGAAGUUCUUCGAAAAUGUAGGUGGCAGGUGGGAAAGACAGGAAUGGCAGAAACAAAGUUCAAGUUUGGUAGGGACUGGAUGGCGGAAGAACUGGUUGAUUUCCUCAAACAACAAGGACCAAGGAAGACAUGGGAUGAAAUUAAGGAUCAGCCUCCACAGACGGCCAACACGCGGGGGCGCCCCGCGAAGAGGCAGGCCAAAGAACCCGAUGAGCGACAUCGGUCCAGAUCUGCCGCUGAGAAGCCCGAAAAGGGCGAUGAAAAUAAGGACCCAAUGGAAGUCGAAAAAACGCAGUUGGACUCUCAGACUCAGCCUGAAGCGAUUGACAAGCAGAGUUCAAAGCCAACCUCGCAGUCUCUUGGUAAUUUGACGGAUGCCUUAACCCAAAACUGGACGCUGGCCGAUCAAGGUGGAUGCGGUGACUGUGGGUACCGGGCAUUAAUAGACAACUUUCAUUAUCAAACCACUGGUGAGACUCUUUCCAAAGAAGAAUGCAUCAAAAAUGCCAAUCUAUUUCGUACGGAAGUGGUACGACAUGUUCGCAAACAUCAAGAUAGGUACGAAAACCAUGUCAGAGGUGGGAAAGAGGCCUUUCCUGCCUUUUGUGACAAUGCGUUGAAGCAAACUCACUGGAUAUGUGGACUGCUGCUGCAAGCAGCAGCAGAGGUGAAAUCAUGCUGCAUAGUGGUGUGGAAUCAAAAAGAUGAAGUUCUGGAAAGAUUCACUUUCGCUCCUGAGUGGAGUCCACAGGGGAUGCCCAGAAUGAAAAAAGAAGCACCAAUCCUGGUGGUGUACAGAAACGACAAACAUUAUCAAUCCGUCCGACCACCCCAGGAUCAGGACGGCAUGACUAAGGUGCCCAAACACUGGGCGCGAGAGACAGCCAAACCCGAGGCCGAAGCACUUGGAGGCGCUGGACCAAGCGUUGGAGAAUCGCCUAAAACCCUGCACACGCUCUCCCCUGGCUCUUCCCAUGCUCCUUCGCUCCAUACUCUCCCCGCCUCCUCCUUUCGCGGAUCCUCGGGUGGGGGUGUGAUGAUCACGCGCGCGCCGUCCCUGCACUCCUUGGUUCCUUCCGCGUCUUCUCCUCCGCGUCUGCGCGCGGUUGUGCACGGCCAUGCGGCGGGUGGUGGUUCUUCGGGUGCCCUUGCGCGACCCCAUCCUCCGCGCUCCCCCUCUCUUCUUACCUUGGCUGCCUCCCCUCACUCCUGCGACCGGUCGGGUACUAAGGACAAAGGCGCAGUCAAAAAUGACAACACAGAAUGCGACUUUCGCCCUGACACUGCUCCAUAUCCUCGACACCUCAAGCGGCUGGAUGCUAAAUCACAGUCCCGACCUCGGAACUUCCUGAAAGUGGCAGAGCCUGGAGUUGCCCAGAAUGCGGGAAAGGCGGCGCAAGCUGCAGGGCACUUAGUUACUGAGGUCCUUCCGCCGGAUGCCAUGACCCGGAAGUUGCUGAACGAAUCCAAAUCAAAUUGGCUCAGCUCUGGCCGCAGUUUUCCACACAACUUCCAGAGCGAUGGUCAGUCAAUGUUGACCAGGGCUGCUGCCCCUGACAUGCUGCAGCGAGUGUCUCCGGCCUUACUGAGGAAAGGAAAGGCCACUGAGGACCUGGCCGCCAACCAUGACGUCAAUUACACCGGCCGCCCUGGAUUGAUUGUGGAAAAUGCCACAACUCAGUCUAACGGCCCCCCAGAGAUGACCCGCAACGGGAAAAAAUGGCAGCUGACAAUCGAUGUGCCUCGCAGCGGGCGGCAGAUUGCAGAUGCGCUGAGCGAAUAUGGCUCCGUGGAUGUGGUCACCCAAGAACUUCGUGACUUGUACACAAGCUUUGGUUUCACGAAAGGACUCACUUUGGUUUUGUCAGCUGAUGCAAUGAAUCAGCUUGGCAUCACACUGAGCAGGUGGCAGGUGGGAAAGACAGGAAUGGCAGAAACAAAGUUCAAGUUUGGUAGGGACUGGAUGGCGGAAGAACUGGUUGAUUUCCUCAAACAACAAGGACCAAGGAAGACAUGGGAUGAAAUUAAGGAUCAGCCUCCACAGACGGCCAACACGCGGGGGCGCCCCGCGAAGAGGCAGGCCAAAGAACCCGAUGAGCGACAUCGGUCCAGAUCUGCCGCUGAGAAGCCCGAAAAGGGCGAUGAAAAUAAGGACCCAAUGGAAGUCGAAAAAACGCAGUUGGACUCUCAGACUCAGCCUGAAGCGAUUGACAAGCAGAGUUCAAAGCCAACCUCGCAGUCUCUUGGUAAUUUGACGGAUGCCUUAACCCAAAACUGGACGCUGGCCGAUCAAGGUGGAUGCGGUGACUGUGGGUACCGGGCAUUAAUAGACAACUUUCAUUAUCAAACCACUGGUGAGACUCUUUCCAAAGAAGAAUGCAUCAAAAAUGCCAAUCUAUUUCGUACGGAAGUGGUACGACAUGUUCGCAAACAUCAAGAUAGGUACGAAAACCAUGUCAGAGGUGGGAAAGAGGCCUUUCCUGCCUUUUGUGACAAUGCGUUGAAGCAAACUCACUGGAUAUGUGGACUGCUGCUGCAAGCAGCAGCAGAGGUGAAAUCAUGCUGCAUAGUGGUGUGGAAUCAAAAAGAUGAAGUUCUGGAAAGAUUCACUUUCGCUCCUGAGUGGAGUCCACAGGGGAUGCCCAGAAUGAAAAAAGAAGCACCAAUCCUGGUGGUGUACAGAAACGACAAACAUUAUCAAUCCGUCCGACCACCCCAGGAUCAGGACGGCAUGACUAAGGUGCCCAAACACUGGGCGCGAGAGACAGCCAAACCCGAGGCCGAAGCACUUGGAGGCGCUGGACCAAGCGUUGGAGAAUCGCCUAAAACCCUGCACACGCUCUCCCCUGGCUCUUCCCAUGCUCCUUCGCUCCAUACUCUCCCCGCCUCCUCCUUUCGCGGAUCCUCGGGUGGGGGUGUGAUGAUCACGCGCGCGCCGUCCCUGCACUCCUUGGUUCCUUCCGCGUCUUCUCCUCCGCGUCUGCGCGCGGUUGUGCACGGCCAUGCGGCGGGUGGUGGUUCUUCGGGUGCCCUUGCGCGACCCCAUCCUCCGCGCUCCCCCUCUCUUCUUACCUUGGCUGCCUCCCCUCACUCCUGCGACCGGUCGGGUACUAAGGACAAAGGCGCAGUCAAAAAUGACAACACAGAAUGCGACUUUCGCCCUGACACUGCUCCAUAUCCUCGACACCUCAAGCGGCUGGAUGCUAAAUCACAGUCCCGACCUCGGAACUUCCUGAAAGUGGCAGAGCCUGGAGUUGCCCAGAAUGCGGGAAAGGCGGCGCAAGCUGCAGGGCACUUAGUUACUGAGGUCCUUCCGCCGGAUGCCAUGCGAAACCGCGAUAUUGACUACUAUAUCAGUAACCUUGAGCCCACUGAGGUCGAAACGCUUCCUGAUGUUGACUGGCAGAUGCUUUCGCAAACUUUUUUUCAAGCCCUAGUUUGUGCAGUCAGGGCUGCUGCCCCUGACAUGCUGCAGCGAGUGUCUCCGGCCUUACUGAGGAUUCUCAGGGAAUUUUGGGCCGAUAUUUGGAAUAGACGUCAAAUCUCUUGGGAUGAUAUUUGGGAUGAUUUGGUUACUCACACUCCACCACGCCCUGCUCCUGACAGCUGGCCAAGCCUCACACCGGAACAACUCCGUUCUGCCACCAAGUGUAGCCGCGGCAGUGCGCCGGGGCUUGACGGCUGGAGAGCUGAGGAACUUAGUUUGUUCAGUGACGAAAUGUGGCAGGAUGCCGGCUGUCCUCCAGAAACAGUUUCCACUUCCAUCACCUUGUUGGGAUUCCAGUUCAUGGGAGUGACCCAAAGAAAAGCCAAAGACCGAGAACUGACAAGACUCACUGAGGCGACCGAAGUGCUGUCACAUAGGCUCAGAGAUGCUUGGCGAAUCAGAAAAUAUGAGGAAUUCUUGGAACUUGACCGACGCGACUCAACGGUUUGUGCAGACAUUCCAUGUGACCUGACCCGCAUUAAUAUUCUGCGCAAGAAAAACUCAACAGUCACGAACUGGCUGUUGUAA